AUGCAAACAUCAAGUGCUGCCGAUAUCAACAACUCGGCAACUAAAGAUCUUCCGAUAUUUUCAACUUUUACAUCUGUCGGAAAUGUCAAGGUGGAAUCCACCAGUGUUCGCUGCCCAAUGUCACAAAAAAAGCUACAACAGCAACCACAAGAGCAACAACAGCCACAACAACGGCUAUCCCAGCAGCAGCUGAAACAGACACAUCAACUAGCAAGAGAGCAACAACUUAAUCAACUUAAUCAGCCGUCUGAACAGCAACAAUGUUUGCCACAACACCAACAAUAUUCACAACAUCAACAUCUAAUGAAUAUUCAACAUCAACACCCACUACAGAAAAUGUACUACAAUCAGUGCGUUGGAAUGCCGCAACAACAACAGCAACAUCAGCAACAACUACAGCAACAUCAGCAACAACUACAGCAACAACUACAGCAACAUCAGCAACAACAACAGCUACUAAAAAAUUUCGAUUGUAAUCUCAAAUCACCACAACAACAACAUCAAGCGCAACAUAACCUCCAAUGUAGUCAACAGCAGCAGCUGCAGCAACAAAUUGAAUUAUCAUAUCAAAUCGAUCUGAACACGGAACAUUCAAAACAUCUAAUUCAAGAUAAAAGUUUUAUUUCAAAACAGCCAUCACAGCAACAUUAUAAGCCGCAUCAACAUGCAUCGCAACAACAUCAACCGCAACAACAUCAACAGUCACAUCAACAACAGCAACGAACAUGUUCACCAUCAAACCUUCAUGGAAGCACUCUCAAUCGACAACACAAUAUACAACAGAUCGGCUGUAAUAACACCAGCAGCAGCAACAACAACAACAACACUAUACCAUUAUUGCCCGCAUUCCACACAUCAACAACAAUUACACAAUCCAACAAUCUCAACAACAGCAUCAACACAAUUCAACCGGCUUCGACUGCACCGGAGGGUACAGCAACGAACACGCUUUUGAGCAAAACACAACUGAAACACCACGCCAAUAUCAAAUCAAGUUUUGUCUGA